AUGGUACUUAUCCGAAUGUCUAAUUCCAUGAUGAAGAAAGUUAAACUUAGUGAUAGCCGUAGAAUGUCUAAUACUGUGACGAAGAAAGUUGAAGUCAUCACUGCAUCUACUCUUCAGACUCUCUCUUUAAUUCCUGGACUGUUGGGGUUUAAGAUUCCUUCCUUGGAAAACAAAAACCUCUUAGAUGGCGACAUUAAUAAUUGGAAUCUGCAUGGUUGUUAUAAUUCUUCAGAGUUCGGAUACAAUACAAUCUACAGUGGAUAUCCUGAAUCUGAAAGAACACUCAAACCCCUAGAGGAAACUAAACUUACUAGACUCACACCUGGAGUUCCUCUUGUAGCUAAUCUGGAUGAUUUAGAAGAGCCCGAAGUACAAAUACCACCACCAAUUGAUUCAGACGAAGAAGAAGCAAUCCGUGUCAUAGUUGAUAACAAUAUUAUCGACGUACUAAGUCUCAAACUUCUGCAAGUCAAAUCUAAAAAGUUGAGUUUGAGUUUUAUUCCGCAGCUUCUGGCAACUCAAAUCAACAAACUCGCCAGGGGUAAUGUCUAUUUCGGCGACGAAGAAAGUUGA